AUGGCACCCAAAGCUCGCGCCCCAGCUCCCAAGCGUCCCGCCAAAUCCAACCACCGCGCCCCCAAACCAAAAGGUCCCCACGCCGCCUCCACCGCCCUCCGCAACAUCCCCACCGAACCCACCGCCAACCCCAACCCCACUACCAAACCCAGCGUCCCCAAAUUCGAUCCCAACACCAACAUCGGCAAAGCCGUCCGUUUCCAAGCUCAAGUCGAAAAGGCGAAAAAAGCGCGCGCGAGAGAGUUGGAACCUUCCAAGAGGCCUCUCCCGCCGCCUGAUGAAUUCGACUUGGAAGCUGUGGAGCAGGAGACCAAGGCGAGGAAAGUGGCGAUGAGGGCGAGGACGGCGAAUAUGGGUGGUAGAGUGGUGAGGGGGGAGGACGAGGUGGCAGGGGCGUUUAUCGUGGAACAAACGGUUCCGGGAUCGAAGAGCGAUAUGUGGGCGAGGUAUCAUAAGCAGCAGAGGGGUGGAGGGGAGGUGGUGAGGAAUGAUGCGAGGGCGAAGGGACCCGGGGUGGAGAGUGUGCUGAAGGCGCAGGGUGGGGGGUUUCAGCCGUUGAGGUGGGAGAAGGAGGGUUGA